AUGCUGUGGGAUGAGUUCACCGAUAACAUUGGAAUCCCAUCCCAUCAACGAUGGCUUCCUGCCGUAGUCAAGACUUAUGCUUGCGUGUUUUUGCGCCUAUGGGUGAUGAUGGUCCCUGGAAGAAAUGGACCUAUGAUUGCAUCUGUGACCCUCAUUGGUUGGGCAUAUGCUCUAUUUUAUUGCAUUUAUGAAUACACCCAUGAUGAAGGCAGUGUUAAACAGGGAGUCGAGACAUUGAUCAAGGGCAGCCUCUACCGGGAUAUCCAGGACAAAGUCAAAUCAAUCGUCAAGGAGUUCAAUCUGCCUCGCACACGCCAAAAGCCGAUGUACUAUGGGCGUCCAGAGAGUUGCAUACUGCUUCAAGAGGCCAUGCGCAGCAGCGUCUUGUCUGGCCAUCCUGUCAAGAUACAGGAUGCCGCAAUUAUAGUCAUGUCUAUGUAUCUGGGUGUUUGCCUAGGAAGUCUUGCUGUGCCCUAUAAAAAGUGGCUAAAGGAAUGCAGGGUCAGCACGCAACACAUAAAACACUAUCUAAAGCCACUAACCUAUCCAUAA